AUGACUGCUGUCCAGAUGGGUGGAUUGGUCCGAAGACUUGGUGUGGGUGGAGUCCUCUGUGUUCUCAGUGAAGGGUUCUUUGGUGGUCUCUGUAUUCUUUGGAAGCCUACUUUACAAGUUGUGUUGCUCUCAUCCUCCUCGGGACAUAUUGACGCUCGGGUUACCUUUCCUAAUUCCUUUGUUUCACAAAUUACUGGGUUCUAUGGUCAACCUAACCCUACUCGACGAAUUCAUUCUUGGGAGCUUCUUCGCCGUUUGAGUCAAGUGGAUAUUGGUCCAUGGAUGUGUUGUGGUGACUUCAAUGAGACUCUAUCUGUGGACCAAAAAAGUGGCCCUCGUCUCCACUCCGUCGGUCAAAUCGAAGAUUUUCAAAGGAUAAUUGACACCUGUAAUCUGUUAUAA